AUGGAGACGUCAGGUUGUGAGACGUCAGUACCCACAACAGCCAGCUCUGACCCGUGCUAUGAUUAUAACACUAUUGAUGAAACUUGGAGAGACAUAAGGGAUUACCAGAACCUUGAGCACGAUGACACAACUGUUGAGUGGAAUGGCUGGUAUCGGCUAUAUUUGAAUGGGGAAAGUGCUCAGAUGUCUGAAUGGUGUGUGACUCAUAUGGGAUGUGGUGGUGAAACUGCACUGUAUCUCAAUGGUUCUCAUCCAAGUCUUGAAGAUGGCGUGGUGACCCGUGAGGUCCUGGGAAAUUAUAUGUCGUACUACAACCAGUGUGACCAAUUCAGAUCCAACCCCAUCCAAGUCAAAGCCUGUCCAGGAGAUUAUUAUGUAUAUGAACUCAUCACACCAGAUGUGUCACUCAACAAGCCUUCAUACUGUGCAGUUGCAUUAAGCAGAAUCAUCAAUGAUCCCUGUUACAACUAUGAGUCUCUGGAUCGUCCCUGGAGAGCAACAACUGAAAGUGGAUUGCAAAUUUGUGAUGAUGAUUUCUCCUGGAAUGGCUGGUACAGACUUUAUCAUUAUGGGAUGAACAUCCAAAUGCCAGAGAGCUGUGUUAAUUACACCAGCUGUAAUGCAGAGGUAGGUCUGUCACUCAAUGGGCAUCAUCCUCGGAUAGAAGAUGGGGUGGUGACCCGUGAGGUCUGUGGGUCAAGUAAUUGGGAUAGGUGCUGUGAUCUUAAGCCAGAACCCAUCAGAGUUAAAGCCUGUCCAGGAGAUUACUAUGUCUAUGAACUUGUGAAACCAAGAAACUGGUGCUCAGGAUACUGCACAGAUGUCAGCACUGUAAAACAGACGGUUUCCACAACAAAUCCACCUAUGAUUACUGGAUCAAGCUUCACCAUGAGUGACCCUUGCUCUAACUACAACAUACUUGAUAACCCCUGGAGAAGUACACGCAAUUAUUGGUCCUUAGAUAAACACGAUGACACUCUUGUAAAAUGGGACGGCUGGUAUCGACUCUUCAUCAAUGGAUCGAGUGCCCAGAUGCCCGAUUGGAAUGGUUUUAUCUUCUUAUGUGGAGGUUUCAACUCUCUGUGGCUUGGUGGUUCUCAUCCUAAAGUAGAAGAUGGAGUUGUUACUUGUGAAGUUUACAGCUCUUGGCCGGGCUUCAACUACACAUCAAACCCAAUCCAAGUCAAAGCUUGUACUGGAGAUUAUUAUGUCUACAAACUGACCAGACCAAAUGUUGCGAUUCCAGCCCCUGUAUAUUGUGCAGCUACUUUCAGCACUCCAAGUGUCGACCCCUGUGACAACUACACCAGUCUGGAUGAACCCUGGAGAUCCACUAAUAAUUCUUACAAUAACUAUUACAACUACUACAUGUGUGAUCAUAAUCUUUUGAACGGCUGGUACAGACUUUUCCUCAAUGGUCAGAGUGCUCAGAUGCCAGAAUCAUGUGUCAGUUGGGGGAUGUGUGGCUCUUAUUACCCACUGUUCCUCAAAGAUCCUCAUCCACAGCUGGAAGAUGGAGUGGUCACACGACGUGUCUGUUGGUCCUUUGAGAUUGGCUGCUGUGAUUAUGAAUCUCAUGCCAUUCAAGUCAAAGCCUGUCCAGGAAAUUACUACGUUUAUGAGUUUGUCAGAACUCUGGAUUGCACAGCUUAUUGUGCAGAAGUCACAAGCAACAACGCACUUACUCCAAUAACACAGACAGCAGAGACACUGCCCACAGAAUAUAUUACCCCGCCCAUAGAAUCCAUUACUCCGUCCAUGGGAUCCAUUACUCCGGCCAUGGGAUCCAUUACUCGGCCCACCACAACCACUGUUCCGACUGAUCCGUGUCCUUCACUCAACUGUACUGAAGAUGAAUGGUGUGGAGAGAUGAACGGUGUUUACGGCUGUUUUUGUCAAAACAUCCCAACCAGAUAUGAUCCUGACUCUUUUGAUUUCUUUGAAACCUGUGAAAGCAGUACAGGAUCUAUAUCUAUAUCUCGCUGUCAGCUCUUUGAAGCUGGUUUUUCAGCUCAUGGCCUGCACCUCAAUGAUCCCAGAUGUAGAGGAAUCACCCAGAAUGGCCGAGUGGAGUUUAGUUUUGAUAACGAUGAACACACCUGUGGUACAAAUCUUAUGGCCAAUGGCACUCAUAUCAUCUAUGAGAACUUUAUUUUGGGAGCACCAGAGUCAUCUGAAGGUCUCAUCAGCAGAGAGAGAAAUCUUCAGAUAUCUUUCAGCUGUGUUUACCCCCAAAACCAAACACUUUCUAUGAUAGAAAUCAAUCCACUGGAGAGUCGUGUGCACAAAACCCUUCCUACUGGUCAUGGGAUGUAUCAGGUCCGAAUGAUUCCAUAUCAUGAUGUUGGGUUCUCUCAGCCCUUCAAUGGAAGUGUGAAUGCAAAACUCAACCAGGAGAUUUUUGUUGAGGUUCGUGUUGAUGGGGUUGACAGUCGACAGUUGGUGACAGUGAUUGACACAUGUUGGGCUACACCUGUGAAUGAUCCAGAUUACAGUCUGCGCUGGGAUCUCAUCACUGGAGAGUGUCCAAAUCCACAUGAUAACACAGUGAAGCUUCUUCAGAAUGGUGUCUCAACAUUCAGCCGUUUCUCCUUCAGGAUGUUCAUCUUUAACUCAAACUCCACUAAAGUUUACCUGCACUGUUCUGUUCAUCUUUGUCUCCUGGCAAGCAAUCACGGCACAACUUCCUGUGUCUCUGGAUAUCAGCAAAGAGUUGACAGAUCUCUUGAUUUUCAUGACAGUUCCUCUAUAUCAAUGGGUCCUCUGAUCGGGUCUGAUGGAAACACAGAUAUCUCAGAUCGUAUGAAGAUAAAGUCUGUGGCUUCAUGUCUGUGUAGUUCUCUGAUGAUGUUGCUUGUUUCUCUCAUGAGUUUUCUCGUCUUCCUUUAGUAGAUUUCACAACAGAUAUGGGGAAAAUUUUACAUGCUUAUGAUUUAAUCUCAUUUUAGUAAACGGUAUAUUGGAUUUAUAUAGAAAAACAUACAAUGACAUCUUUAAUCAUUAACUUUACAUUAAUUAACUACAUAAUAUAACAAAUCAAAUAGACUUGAUUUAAAAAUAGGUGCAGGAAUAAAGAGCUGUAGACUCUUAGCUGUGUAAUGUUUUAUUUUAUCUUUUAUCAUUUGGGUUAAACAAAUAGCAAAAAUACUGA